AUGGAACGGGACAACGAUGACGAUCGCGCACCACUUGAUCGCAAGGAGCGUCGCAAAUCUCAAACCAUCCUGAAAUUUUCACGCCAAUCGGGUCGGCUAGAAACACAACGACCUCCACCAAAUCGCGGUCCAACCCAGAGAGACACACUUGCCCGGACUGCGGAAGCAACGCUGUCGGUCCUUCCUGGUCUUCUACUCACACGACCUGACGCAAAACCGAAUGGAUUCCUUUAUGAUGAUGUCACGCCUCUCGAUCAGCAGUUUUGUCCAAAUCUACCCAAAACCAAAAUCCGAGUAAUCAACUGUGACAGUAUAGACGCCGCCCUUCAACUCACCGUGGGCCAUGGUCCUUCUGACAAACCUGUCUGUGUCCUCAAUAUGGCCAGUGCAACUCACGCCGGUGGUGGCUUUCGAAAUGGUGCCAUGGCACAAGAAGAAGCCAUGUGCUACAGAUCGUCAUUGGCCUUCACCCUCAAGUUACGCUACUACCCCAUCCCGGAGAGAGCUGCCAUCUAUUCCCCCACUGUCAUUGUCUUCAGAGAGAACUUUGCCAACGGCCACCAAUUCUUCGACUGUCGCGACCCAAGCUGGUUGCCAGUCAUCAGCGUCGUUAGUGCAGCCGCGAUCAAAGACCCCCAAACAGGUUGCGCUCUGGCUUCCCCCCACAAAGAUAAGGGAGAGAUUUACUCUCGUUCAAGCGAUAGAGAUCUCAUGGCGGAAAAAAUGCGUGUUAUCUUGCGGACCGCAAUCAAGAACAAACAUCGCAAGAUCGUGUUGGGUGCCUUUGGAUGCGGUGCCUUCAACAAUCCUCCAAAGGAGGUUCGUCGUCUUUGGGAGCAAGUUUUGCAAGAGCCAGAGUUCUCGGGUGGUUGGUGGGAAGAUGUUGUUUUCGCCGUCCUCAGCGACCCUGCGGAUGUUCCUAGCAAUUUCUUCAUCUUCCACAAGACAUUGGACGGUUUGAUGGUUUGA